AUGACAUCUACAGUUGCUAAAGUGGUUGACAAAUUUGAGGAUGAAACUGCAGAUGACAUUUUCCCUGUUGGUAAUAUACGAAAAAAAGCUUCAGCCUCUCUCUUGGAAGCUGAUAAAAGGUACAGUGGAAAAGCUACAUCUCGCAAAGCCUUGCAAGAAGAACUUUGGGGAGAUGCUCAAUCUGAAGAAGGAUCUGGUAAGAAUUUUUUAUGGUACAGUGGCAGUGAAGAUUCAGAAGACAACGACAGCUUAGGCACUCAAACAAAGGAGAAGUCCAGCACUGCUGGCAGUGACCAGGAGGAUGACUUGGAAGACGAUGAAGAGGCAGAUCCAUCUGUCGAGGCCAAGGCACCGAAGUUCAGUUUCCAGAAUAUCACAGACUUUGAGACGUUUACAGAGGGGAUGGAUGAUGUAGGAGGCAGUGAAGGGGAAGGUGAAGAUGAUGCCAGCAUGGAAGAAGGAAGUGAGGAGGAGGAAUAUGGGAGUGAAAACCAUGACAACAUAGAGGAAACCAAAGAUGAUGAAUGUGAUGGGGGGGUGAUGACAUUCUCAAAAGGACAAGACGCUGAAGAAGUAGAAAAAGGAAAAGCUGUGAAGAACCAGCUAGCACUGUGGGAUCAACUAUUGGAAGUGAGGAUCAAGAUGCAGAAGGCACUCAUAACAGUCAACCGUCUUCCACAGCCAGAUACUUACCCAAUCUUCAGAAAGGAAGGUGGACAAGAAUUUGACAAUGCUGUCGAGAACUGUUGUAAAAGCCUGGAGGCAUUGCUGAAAGUAUUAGUGGACCUUCAAGAUGAGCUGCUUUAUCAAUACCCAGGCACGAGGCAUCUGGUAGAUGGAAAGCAAUCAAAAACUGAGAGCGAUGAUGAAAUCCCUAGCAGUAGUGAUGAAGAGCAAGUGGAUAAAGCUCAGCAGAAGAGGAGGAGCCUCCCCAAACGAAAGCUGACGUUGGACGAAUACGCAGAUUUCAUAGCCAAGCGGUAUGCUGACUUCAGGACGUACCGGAACAACGUCUUGCAGAAGUGGCAUGAAAAGACAAAGCUGGCAUCUGGCAAAAUAGGAAAGGGUUUCGGUGCCUUUGAGCGUUCAAUCUUGACUCAGAUUGAUCAUAUUAUGAUGGACAAAGAGAGAUUGCUACGGCGGACACAGACCAAGCGAUCAGUGUAUACAGUGCUGGGAAAGCAGGAACAGAAAGCUCCUCCGGUGCCUGAAUCUUUGCCUGAUAAUUCGGUAAGGGAAGUCCUCCCUCAGUCAGAUUCCAACAAGCACCUGAAGGACAUAGAUGAGGAGAUAUUUGAUGAUGAUGACUUUUAUCACCAGCUCCUUCGAGAACUCAUAGAACGUAAAACCACUUCAUGGGACCCCAAUGACCAGGUGGCAAUGGGCAGGCAGUGGCUGGCCAUCCAGAAGUUACGCAGCAAAAUAAAGAAGAAAGUGGACAGAAAAGCCAGUAAAGGAAGGAGAAUCCGGUAUCAUGUCCAUAGCAAGCUGGUGAGCUUCAUGGCACCUAUUGACCACUGUACAAUGAAUGAUGAUGCCAGGACGGAGCUUUAUCGUUCGCUGUUUGGAAAAAUCACGAGUCCCGAAGAACCGGAGCAGAAUUAG